AUGUCUUUCACAGAUAUUCUCACCUUCGUAGGCACAGCCCUCGUGGUUGCUGUCUGCUAUUACAUCAUCAACAACCCAGUUGUUAUCGAGGCCGCACCUGUUGUCAUCCAGGUUGCCCCUCUUCUACCUAAAAUCAAGGUGCUUCCAAAGCCCCAAGCAGCCCCACUCGUUGCUUCUCCUUCUGUAAAGAAGAGAAAUAGACUUGAAGAGCUUAUCGGCUCCUCCGUGGUCGCACCUUCUUCUCCAGAGAAGAAGAGAAAGACUUUUGUUAGAUCGUCUUCUCCUUCUGUCUCGGAGAAAAAGCCAACUUAUAGAAGACCUUCUCGCCAAACACCCAAGGUCACUAUCAGUUUGGCUUCUGUUGCUGGCGCGCAACUUCUCGAAGCCAUCCAAUCUGUCAUCCCUCCCCCGGCUGACAUUGUUCCAAUUGAAGUUGCGUCGGCAUAUGCCGAAAUCUCUGAUGUUGUUUCGAUGGAAGUCGAGAUGACAGAUGCCCCAAUGGUCUCUCAGCUGAAGUCCUGCUUCAAGAGCUCCUCUAAUCGCUUUGCGAAAAGAGUUCGCUUUGUAGGACCAAGCAACGAUUGCAUUCGUGGUCAGAUCGCCACUUACGUGGUUGAGAAGGACAUGGAUUGCUUUCGUGAGAGAUUUGCAGGGGCUAGGUCGAUGCCCCAUGAGAAAUUUCCCAUUAUUGAGGAGAUGGAUCAGCAAGGCAAGCCUACUGGAUGGUUUACUAAACAGGAUAGUUUUUACUAUCCCCCUGAAGAACAGAGCAGAUGGGAUCGCUGCAAAGAGCACACACUGUGUAGACAGUGCAGAGAGAGUGUGAUUGAAGGAUUUUGCGAUCCUGAAGUCGAUUUCUCUGAUGAUGUGCUCGAGUCAGAUGAUCCAGAUGCUCUUUCUAAACAUGUCGGCAGGGACCAAUAUAGUCGAUACAACUGCAUCCUUCAUGGUGGGAAUUGA